AAACAUAAGCGUGAGCGGGGGUCGCGCUGCCAUUCCCCCCGAGCUCUAUGCUAUGAAGACUAUGGCCCCUUACUUUCUCCUGGCGCUCCUCGCCACUGCGCUGAGUCCGGGUCAGAGCUACACCCUGAGGAGCGCCGUGUCCUGGGUCUUCUCCUCCAACGAUGUGGUGGAGGACGCGGACCUGUCGGAGGAGGUGGCCCCGGCGCUGCUGGUGGACGGCGCGGGGCUAUGGAAGCAGGCGUACCCGACCUCCACAGUCCUCGGAGACAGCGUUGAGAGCCCCGGGGAGCUGGUGACGUCCGAGGGUGACGAAGUGGCGCAGCUGUCCUCCCGCCUGUUUUCAUACCGGCUGGAGAAGGUGAAGAGUUCCGCCACCGGUGCGGCUCCUCCGCCGCCACCGCACCAGGAGACCGCCCGGACCGCCCGAUACAUAGCGCACUACAGUGACUGGGGACAUGUGUCCACCAUCUCUACACAGGACAAGAUUAAAGGUCUCCCAUUUGGGAACAUCUUCUCAGUCAGCGAUGGACCAGGGGACAACAGCUCUGGAGUUAUCUACUUCUACAUGACUCCAAUGGACAACACUGUGAUAGACCUGAGAAGUAACCCGUAUGCUUCUCUCACCUUCUCAGAGGCAGAGGGGAACUUCUGCAGGCAAAUGGUGUAUGACCCAGAGGAUCCAAGAUGUGCUCGACUCACACUGACAGGCAAGAUGGUGGAUGUGCUGCCAGAGGAGCUCGCGGUUGCAAAGGAGGCAAUGUUCUCCAGACAUCCCGACAUGGCAAAGUGGCCAGUGGAACACAAGUGGUUCUUCAUGAAGCUGGAGUUGAUCCAGGUAUGGCUGCAGAACUGGGUCGGGGGCGUUAAACUCAUUCCAAUCGAGGACUACUAUAAAGCAACACCCUUCUGAGAAUAUCCCUCCCUCUGCAUCAUGCCUACAGAAACAGAUCAGUCAUCUGGCUGCACCAGGUUCCUGUGUGAUUGUAUUUUAAAUCAGUGAGCUUAUUAAACUUAAAUGUCACAGUAAUCACUGCUACUAUGAACAGGCCUGUGUCAUUAACAAAUUAUUUUUAAACAAUGAAUGACUACUAUUGUAUGGGUUUGCAUCAAGCUAUAUUUGCUGUCCGAGAAAUAAAUUGUGACAACACAACUUUUUAGCAUAUUUACUUAUUUUUUUAUGAUGGUGCAUACAGAUAACAUUUAGGUGAAUGCAGCUGAAGAUAAGGCCACUAGAUGACGUGCUUCCUACUUGUUGAAGGAGGAGCGGCUGCAGCUCCAGGGCAGAAUAAAAGAAGCAGACAGCUUUCAACUAUGGCCAGUUUUUCUCAGCUGGUAAAUGAUAAGAUAAAAUAAGCAGCUUUUAAUGUGUUAACUUUGGCUUUGGGGAAUAAUGAUGGGCAUCUAAUUUCUGUAAUAAACUGAACAUUCUAUCAGUUAUUUAAAAAAAAAUUGGCAGGUGUGUUUUAAAUAAGAGCAGUUCAGGGUAUAAAAGUCUACCCUCAGGUUUUAUCUGUGUUACUUGAAAUAAAGAAAAAAAAUGAUCAAGCAAUUUGAUAAAACACGUUCCAAUUGUAUUAUCCCAAAUGUACGCCUCUUAUGGUGAACACACCAUAUAUAAUAGAUACCAUUUUAAAAAUAUAUUUUAAACCACACCUGUCUAUGUAUUGAUAAAAAUCAAUAUAUACAUAUAUGCAUGUAUAUGUUUAUUUAAAUAUGUCUUCUAUAAAAUGCACAAUCACAAUAUACGUCCUUGUGCAAUAAUUCUGUACAACUCAAAUAAGUUUCUCUAGAAAUGUUUUCGAUCUUUUUGAAAGGUGUAUAUUAUGUACAUAUUCAUAUUUGUAUUUUUAUCCUAUCAUUUCACCAUUCAUACUAUUCAUACUUCCAAGUGUUCGCCACCUUGCUUGCACUAUGUACUGCCGUAAAAGUUUAUUUCCCCUGCACAUGACCAAUAAAGUCUCUUACCUCCUUCUCUUAGAACAAAUAAAUUCAAUAGGUCAGUA